GUGGAACAGGCACAGAGGCGAAGAGAUCAGAGGGAAGGAGAGAGACAGAGGGAGAGAGAAGGAAACUGGGCAGCUCCUCGUCUUCCCUUUGGCGUCCCCAUGCCUCGGCUGUGCCCCGGCGCCUUCCCCUCGCCCCGGGAGCAGUAGCCAUGGCCGCGGUGGCUGUCCUCCGGAACGACUCGCUCCAGGCUUUCCUCCAGGACCGCACCCCCAGCGCCUCCCCAGAUUUGGCCAAGCACUCGCCGCUGGCCCUUCUGGCCGCCACCUGUAGCCGAAUCGGACAGCCGGGCGCAGCGCCCUCGGAUUUCCUGCAAGUCUCCUACGACCCGACGCUGGGAUCCCCCUCCAGGAUCUUCCACCCGUGGAGCGGCGAGAUGCCGGCGCACUCCCCGGGGGGGCUGCCGCCGCCGCACCCCAGCCUGGGGCUGACCCCUCAGAAAAACCACCUGCAGCCCUCUUUCGGUGGGGCGCACGAACUGCCCCUCACUCCCCCGGCGGACCCCUCCUACCCCUACGAGUUUUCCCCCGUCAAGAUGCUCCCCUCCUCCAUGGCCGCCCUGCCGUCCAGCUGCCCCCCCGCCUACGUCCCCUACGCCGCCCAGGCCGCCCUGCCGCCCGGAUACUCCAACCUGCUGCCUCCGGCGCAGCCUUGCCGGCAGCUCUCGCCCAAUCCGCCGCCCGAGGACAUCCCCUGGUGGAGCAUCCAGCAGGCCGGCGCCCCAGGCGGCUGCGGCCACCGCUUCCCCGCGGCCGCGGCGCUCCCGCGAAGCCUGGUGCUGGGCCACUCGGACUUCGCCCAGUACCAGACGCAGAUCGCCGCCCUGCUGCAGACCAAGUCUCCCCUGGCGGCCACGGCCAGGAGGUGCCGCCGCUGCCGCUGCCCCAACUGCCAGUCGGCCGCGGGCAGCGCCCCGGAGGCGGAGCCGGGCAAGAAGAAGCAGCACAUCUGCCACAUCCCCGGCUGCGGCAAGGUGUACGGCAAGACCUCGCACCUGAAGGCGCACCUGCGCUGGCACACGGGCGAGCGGCCCUUCGUCUGCAACUGGCUCUUCUGCGGGAAGAGCUUCACCCGCUCCGACGAGCUGCAGCGGCACCUGCGGACUCACACAGGCGAGAAGCGCUUCGUAUGCCCCGAGUGCGGGAAGCGCUUCAUGCGCAGCGACCACCUGGCCAAGCACGUCAAGACCCACCAGAACAAGAAGCUGAAGGCGGCGGCGGACGGCGUCAAGCGGGAGGACGGACGCGACCUGUGA